AUGAUUGAAGAUUAAUAUUUGUUAAUGCUCAAACAGAAUUCAAUAUCUCCCUAAAUAAUAGAGGCUUACUUACAAUAGAAGCAGCAUCUAAUCAACAAUGUGAUCUCUUACUUUGCGAAUAUUAUUACAUACGGUCCAAUAGCGUUGUUUAAUGCUGAGAAAAUCUGCUCUUCUAAAUAGUCAUAAUAGUUUGUCAGUACAAUUAGGAAAAAUUAUGAAACGAUGUUUGGUUUAAACGAUUAACAAGAUUCCUAAAGUUUUAUUGAAAAUUCUUAGGAAUAUUUUAAACAAUACUUUUCACAGCAGAUAUUUGAUCAGCACUAUCUAAGCUUUUUAAAUGACUUAAAAGAGUGCUCUUAUGUUAAAUAAUUGAGUCGAAAUUAAUGGCUGGAUUAACUCCAAGACAUUAUUGAAAUUUCUACAAUUUAAGAAAUCAACCAAACUUAAAUAAUUAAUGAGCAAUUUGAGAGUGACACCUUAGCUCGGGAACGAAAGAGUAUUUGUUAUGAUGGUGAUGAGGAGAGAACCCCUUAAUAGAGUGAAGAGGAUGAGUAAAACAAAAAUAAAUAUUAAAAAAAUAAGAAAGAAAAAGAAUUAUAAAAUGGAGAAGGUGGUGAGGAGGGUUACGAUGCCAGUAAUUCAGAUCAUAAAACGAAGAUCUCAAAGUUGCCCAGAAGAAUCAUCUAAAGGAGAAAGUAAGCAAACAACCAAGAAUUCGAUACAGACAGAGAAUAUAAACAAAAAGAAUGAUCAAAAUUAUUCAAUAUGUGUAAUUAUUAUAUAUAUUUAUAUUAAUUUGAUAAA